AUGUACAUGUAUGGUAAGAGCACGGGCUGCGCGUUCUCCAACCGCAGUGGCAUCUGGUGUGGUCUGAUGAGGCAGCUGCUGUCGGGACUCGUCGAGGUGGCCGUCGCCUUCGUCAUGAUGACGUACCGGUACGAGGAGAGUGCGGGCUGGGGUUUCCGCAGCCGCGACGGCACCUGGAACGGCCUGGUGGGGCGGCUGCUUUCAGGGCACGUAGAGGUUGCUGCCGCCCUCGUCAUGAUGACGCCCGAGCGCCAUCGCGUCGUCGACUUUUCUCUGCCACUCAUUUUCUCAGGGUUGAACGUGUACAUUCAGGAACCGAGGGAGCAAGAGUUCAGAUGGGUCCACUUUCUACUACCCUUCGACAAUUGCCUCUGGCUGUGCACCGUGACCUUGGUAGUCACCACUUGGGUGGUGCUCAGAAUUCAGAGGAGGUGCAGAAAAGCUGCCGAGAAUGAAGGAGGUGACAAGGGAACAUACAGCGAUUUCCUGCAGGUCGUGGGAAUAUUCCUCAUGCAAGGUGUCGGCACCGGACAGGAUACGACGUCACGUGACUGCGUGCGGGCGUCGCUGGCGGUGGCGUCUUUGUCUGCGCUGCUGCUGUACACAGCCUACUGCGGCGCACUCACGGCGGCUCUGGCUUCGGGGCAGCCGCGGCUGCCUUUCCACGACAUGUCGGGGCUGCUGCGCGAUGGCUCGUACACCCUGAUUACCCAAGCAGGCGCUGCUGCAAUGAACACCCUCAGUGAUUCAAAAAAUCCAGUCGACCGGAAGAUUUACAAGCUGCACAUAGAGGGCAAAGAUAUGCCUCGUACAGCAGCCGAAAUGUUUAGAAGGCUGUGCAGCUCACAGAAGCACGCCGUGAUGGCGUCCAAGACGAGGUAUCUGCAGAGCAACAGCGACGUGCAGUGCCCAGUUACGUCAGUGCACGAGUCCAAAGCAUUGCAAGAAGGUUUUGCAUUCACAAAGAAGAAUCCCUACCGAGAAGCCAUUAAUUACCACCUACUGCGGUUAAGGAGCGAGGGAGUGCUCAAUCGUCUGCUGUGGAACUCAUGGUGGGUGGAUGGCACACAGCGCCAGCAGCAGCAGUCCACGCCGAUGGUAGGUGCAAGGCAGGUCGCUCCAGCACUUGUGGUGCUGGCAGUUGCUGGAAUGGCGGCCCUAUGCCUGCUGGUGCUGGAGAAUGCCUGCUGUAGGAGGGGCGCAGAAGUAGUCCGUGCUGCUGGUGGAUAUGAAGGGAGUGAUUCCAGUGCUGGCAGCCGCUGCUCUGUCCACCCUGUGCCUACUGCUGUCAUGUACUAA